GGUCUCUCGGCCUGGUAUAUGCCAGACGAUUACUCAUUUAGCACCUUUUCAAUGACCCCAGUCUCCACUUAUGAUGCGGUGGUUUAUACCAAUGCUACAUUGAUUGCAAUUCAAUACAUGGCCCCUCGGGCCAACCUGGAGCUGCUCGACGAUUCCCCUAUGACGAAUGGCACACAGUGGGAAGCUACAGAGUGUUCUCUGGAGCCCAUCGUGCGCAGCUUUCGUCCUACAGUCUACCAGAACAACUACAGUGAUAAGACGCGGGCGAUCUGGUUUCAGUAUAAUUGGACUUCCACUAAUAAUGUCCAUCAGUCUGCAGGAUUGAAUCUCACCCCUGACUCUUGGGGUUCCGAUCUUGGUGUGCACAAAGCCCCGCAAUCUUUCAUACUUAGUGGUGAUGCCAAACAGUGGAUCUAUCCCUUCCUAACCGCCAUUUUCUCGGGUCAGGCGACUAGGUCCGGAUCGGAAAUAUAUUUCGACCCGCUGGAUAAAGGCUGGUAUGCUGGUUUUGACACGCUCCAGGCACUGGCCGUGGCAAAUAUUACUGGGUGCAGUGAGAUCCUUUCCGAUCGACUGUCCUGCGCGAUGGACAACGUGGCUGCGGCGAUGUCAAAAACCUUCCGAGAUGUGGCUUACGUCGUCAAUCCCGCAUCGGCUGCCAUGACGACGGGUAGGGCGAAAGUCAGUGAGGUCUAUAUCGUAGUGUACUGGGCUUAUCUGGCCUUGCCCGUUCUUGUCUGGACUUUAGGGGCUAUCCUGGUGUUCGGCACGCUUUGGAAGACUCGCCGCGCUCGUGUGCCCGCUUGGAGAAAUGAUACGCUGCCAUUGCUGUUCUUGUAUCGGGAUCAAAGUGAGGGUAUGGAGUCAUUGCAGGGAAGCGAGACUGUGCAAGCAAGCGGUCAUGAGAUGGUAAGGUUGUACACUGACGAGAGUCGAGUCUUCCUUGGUCGGUGUACGGAUACCGAUUCCAUACGUCCUUGA